CUGCGCUGCCUCUGGCCCCAGCUCCCCACCCAGCUCCGGGCGCCGCUCGGCUGGGCUCCGCGUCCAGCUCCCUACUGAGAACAGUCCCUCCCUUGUGCCCGGUGCACCGUUAGCUGGAGGUUUGGCCACGUCAAGUCGGGUUUUCUGCAAAAGCAGGAGCAGAGAGCUCUCUCCCUGUGCGGACACAGAAGGAGGGAGCUGGGGAGGGCAAGGCUGCUGCUCUUUGCACUGGAGAUUCGGGGGCAAGGCUUCGCCUUCUCCCGGGCUGCGCCCUCUCCCGGCUGAGGGGGGCCCGGGAGCAAGCACAGCGCCUGGAAAAUGGAGCAGCCGUGGACAAGAGAUUAUUUUGCAGAGGAUGAUGGGGAGAUGGUACCCAGAACAACUCAUGCAGCAGCUUUCCUCAGUGACGCUAAAGAUCGGGGUCCUGCAGUGCAGUCACAGACCUGGAGAAGUGGUGAGAAGGUCCACUUUGGGCAGACACAUUACCUUAGAGCCUUUGAAAAAGCCCCUCAGGUGCAGACCCAGGCUCUCCGAGACUUUGAGAAGCACCUCAAUGACCUGAAGAAGGAGAACUUCAGCCUCAAGCUGCGCAUCUACUUCCUGGAGGAGCGCAUGCAGCAGAAGUAUGAGGGCAGCCGGGAGGACAUCUACAAGCGGAACAUCGAGCUGAAGGUUGAAGUGGAGAGCCUGAAACGAGAACUCCAGGACAAGAAACAGCAUCUGGAUAAAACUUGUGCCGAUGCGGAGAGUCUCAGCAGCCACAAUGAGGCCGAGCUCCGGCGCCAGGUUGAGGAGAGACAGCAGGAGACGCAGCAUGUCUACGAGCUCCUGGAGAACAAGAUCCAGCUUCUGCAGGAGGAAUCCAGGCUAGCAAAGAAUGAAGCUGCGCGGAUGGCAGCUCUGGUGGAAGCGUGUAACCUGGAGCUCUCGGAGAAACUGAAGGGAGUCACCAAGGACAGGGAAGACGUACCAGGAGACCGGGUCAAGCCCGACCAACACACGGAGGCCCUGGCCCAGAGGGACAAACAAAUUGAAGAACUGAGUCAGAGCCUGGCUGCCCAGGAGAAGAUUGUAGAACAGCUCUCUCAAGAGAAACAACAGCUGCUACAUCUGCUGGAGGAGCCAACUAGCAUGGAAGUGCAGCCCAUGACCAAAGAGUUAUUCAAACAACAAAAGCUGAAUUCAGAGGAGACCAUUAUAACUCAACAGUCGGUACCCGAGUCCCACAUGGCAGAACUCCAGGAAAAAAUCCAGCAAACAGAGGCUACCAACAAGAUUCUUCAAGAGAAACUGAAUGAAAUGAGCUGUGAACUGAAGUCUGCUCAGGAGUCAUCUCAGAAGCAAGAUGGUACAAUUCAAAGCCUCAAGGAAACUCUGAAAAGCAGGGAAAGUGAGACGGAGGAGUUAUACCAGGUGAUCGAAGGUCAAAAUGACACAAUGGCAAAGCUUCGAGAAAUGCUUCACCAAAGCCAGCUUGGACAGCUUCAUAGCUCAGAGGGUACUCCGGCUCAGCAACAGGUGGCUCUGUUUGACCUGCAGAGCGCUCUGUUCUGCAGCCAGCUUGAAAUACAGAAGCUCCAGAGGGCCGUACGACAGAAAGAACGCCAGCUGGCUGACGCCAAACGGUGUGUGCAGUUUGUCGAGGCUGCGGCCCACGAGAGAGAACAGCAGAAGGAGGCUUCUUGGAAGCAUAACCAGGAAUUGCGGAAAGCCUUACAGCAGCUACAAGGAGAAUUACAGAGUAAGAGCCAACAGCUUUGUACCCUGGAGGCUGAAAAAUACAAUGAGAUUCGAACCCAGGAGCAACACAUUCAGCAUCUAAACCAUAGUCUAAGUCACAAAGAACAUUUGCUUCAGGAAUUUAGGGAGCUCCUGCAAUAUCGAGAUAACUCGGACAAAACCUUUGAAGCAAAUGAAAUGUUGCUUGAGAAACUGCGGCAGCGAAUACAAGAUAGAGAUGCUGCGCUAGAGCGGGCUAUAGAUGAAAAGUUCUCCACUCUAGAAGAAAAAGAAAAAGAGCUGCGGCAACUUCGUCUUGCCGUGAGAGAGCGAGAUCUUGACCUAGAGAGGCUGCGCGGUAUCCUCUCCUCUAAUGAAGCUACCAUGCAGAGCAUGGAGAGCCUCCUGAGGGCCAAAGGCCUGGAAGUGGAGCAGUUAUCUGCCACCUGUCAAAACCUCCAGUGGCUGAAAGAAGAAAUGGAAACCAAAUUUAGCCAUUGGCAGAAGGAACAAGAAAGUAUCAUUCAGCAGUUACAGACAUCUCUGCAUGACAGGAACAAAGAAGUGGAGGAUGUUAGUGCAACCUUGCUCUGCAAACUCGGACCAGGGCAGAGUGAGAUCGCUGAGGAGCUGUGCCAGCGUCUACAGCGCAAGGAAAGGAUGCUGCAGGACCUUCUCAGUGACCGAAACAAACUAGCAGUGGAACACGAAAUGGAGAUUCAGGGCCUGCUUCAGUCUAUGAGCACCAGGGAGCGGCAGAGCCAGGCUGCUGCCGAGAAGAUGGUGCAAGCCCUAAUGGAAAGAAAUUCAGAAUUGCAGGCCCUUCGCCAAUAUUUAGGAGGGAAAGACUUCAUGCUGUCCCAAGCACUCAUCUCCAGCCAGCUGACUAGAGGGACCUCCGUCAGCCCCCGCCUCGGAGAGCAGACUGAUCAAGGCUCAGUGCACAUACCCUCCAGAGAUGAUAGAACUUCAUUGACUACCAAAGGGGAUACCACCAUACCCAAGUCCCCAUUAGGAGACUUGGACACAGUUGCAGGGCUGGAAGAAGAACUGAGUAAUGCCAAAGAGGAACUUGAACUCAUGGCUAAAAAAGAAAGAGAAAGUCGGAUGGAACUUUCUGCUCUACAGUCCAUGAUGGCUGUGCAAGAGGAAGAGCUGCAGGUGCAGGCGGCUGAUAUGGAGUCCCUGACCAGGAACAUACAGAUUAAAGAAGACCUCAUAAAGGACCUGCAGAUGCAACUGGUUGAUCCUGAAGACAUACCAGCUAUGGACCGCCUGACUCAAGAAGUCUUACAUCUUCGGGAGAAAGUUGCUUUGGUAGAAUCACAGGGUCAGGAAGCUUCAGGAAACCGAAGACAACAACUGCUGCUGAUGCUGGAAGGACUGGUAGAUGAACGGAGUCGGCUCAAUGAGGCCUUACAAGCAGAACGACAGCUCUAUAGCAGCCUGGUGAAGUUCCACGCCCAUCCCGACAGCUCUGACAGAGACCAGACUCUGCAGGUGGAACUGGAAGGGGCCCAGGUGUUACGCAGUCGGCUCGAAGAAAUUCUUGGAAGAAGCCUGGAGCGCUUAAGCAGGCUGGAGACCCUGGCCGCCAAUGGAGGUGCAGCUGCAGGGGAUGACACCGAAGAUGCGAGCACCGAGUUCACUGACAGCAUUGAGGAGGAGGCUGCACACAACAGCCACCAGCAACUCAUCAAAGUGGCUUUGGAGAAGAGUCUGGCAGCUGUGGAAAGCCAGAACAUGUCUCUCUGCCCUCCGUCCCCGACAGGAGGGGGGAGUAACAGGGGUCUUCAGGAGGAAAUGCUCCACCUGAGAGCUGAGGUCCACCAGCACCUCGAGGAGAAGAGGAAAGCCGAGGGGGAACUGAAGGAGCUGAAGGCUCAAAUCGAGGAAGCAGGAUUCUCCUCUGUGGCCCACAUCAGAAACACCAUGCUGAGCCUUUGCCUUGAGAAUGCAGAGCUGAAAGAGCAGAUGGGAGAAGCAAUGUCUGAUGGAUGGGAGAUGGAGGAGGACAAGGAGAAGGGCGAGGCGAUGGUGGAGGCGGUCGUGGCCAAAGGGGGUCUGAAUGAGAAGAGCCUUCAGGCUGAGUUCAGAAAGCUCCAGAGAAAACUGAAGAAUGCCCACAACAUCAUCAACCUCCUCAAGGAACAGCUGGUGCUGAGCAGCAGGGAAGGGGAUAGUAAGCUGAGUCCAGAGCUCCUUGUGCACCUGGCCAGGGAGAUCGACAGAAUGAACACGGAGCCAGUGUGUUCUCCUGGGAAGCACCCAGGCCACGAAGAGGAGGACGUGACCGGAAGGCCCUGCCCUAGACCCCAGAGCCUUGACCUUGGGGCUGCCCUUGCAGUGGAUGCCCACCAACUGGAUGACCAGCCCCAAGCCCGUGACCCUGGGACACCAUCGGAAUUGAGCCUCCCAAGACCCACCCAGCACCUGCGCUCCCAGCUGGCUCAGUGCAGGCAGCGCUAUCAGGAUCUGCAGGAGAAGCUGCUGGUAGCGGAAGCCACUGUGUCCGCCCAGGCCAGUCAGCUGGAGAAGUUCAGGCUCAUGCUCAGUGAAUCCCUGGUGAAGCAGGACAGCAAGCAGGUUCAGGUGGACCUCCAGGACCUGGGCUACGAGACCUGUGGCCGGAGUGAGAAUGAAGCUGAGCGGGAGGAGAGCACCAGCCCAGAGUGCGAGGAGCAGGACAGCCCCAGGGAAACAGUCCUCAUGGAGGGGCUGUGCUCUCAGCAGGAGCGCCUGGGCCCGACCCUGGCCGGCUCCCACAAAAGGAAGCCCUUGGAGAGCCAGCUGGGGAAGCAGGAGGAGUUCCAGGCAUAUGGAAAGUCCGAAGACAUCUCUGUCCUCCGGAAGGACAUCAAAGAUCUGAAGGCCCAGCUGCAGACCGCCAACAAGAUCAUUCAAAACCUCAAGAGCCGGGUCCGGUCUCUCUCCGUCACCAGCGACUACUCGUCCAGUCUGGAGAGACCCCGCAAGCUAAAGGCUGUUGGCACCCUCGAGGGAUCUUCACCUCACAGUGUCACUGAUGAGGACGAGGGGUGGCUGUCUGAUGGCACGGGGGCUUUCUACCCCCCAGGCCUUCAGGCCAAGAAGGACCUGGAGAGUCUGAUUCAGAGGGUGUCCCAGCUGGAGGCCCAGCUCCCGAAGUCCGGGCUGGAAGGGAAGCUGGCCGAGGAGCUGAGAUCAGCCUCGUGGCCUGGGAAAUAUGAUUCCCUGAUUCAGGAUCAGGCUCGAGAACUAUCCUACCUACGCCAGAAAAUUCGAGAAGGGAGAGGUAUCUGUUAUCUCCUCAUCCAGCAUGCAAAAGACACAGUCAAGUCUUUUGAGGACCUCCUCAGGAGCAAUGACAUUGACUACUACCUGGGGCAGAGCUUCCGGGAGCAACUUGCCCAGGGAAGCCAGCUGACAGAGCGGCUCACCAGCAAACUCAGCACCAAGCAUCAUAAAAGUGAGAAAGAUCGAGCUGGACUUGAGCCGUUGGCCCUCAGGCUCCGCAGGGAGCUGCAGGAGAAGGAGAAAGUGAUUGAAGUCCUGCAGGCCAAGCUGGACGCCCGGUCCCUCUCACCCUCCAGCAGCCGCGCCCUGUCCGACUCCCCCCGCUCGCCCAGCAGCUCCUCCUUCCUGUCCGAGGAGCUGGAAGCCUGCUCCGACAUGGACGUAGCCAGCGAGGACACACACUAUGAAGAGAAGAAAACUUCGCCAGGCCACCCAGAUUCCAUCCAUCACUCAAGUCAUUCUGCUGUACUGUCUUCUACACCAUCAUCAACCACUGCGCCUCAGGGGGUUAAGGCCGAGCCCAGCAGCAACCCCAGCAGCCUGCCUGCUCCCCAGAACCCCCCACAAGAGGCCGCCCAGGCCCGUCCAGGCCUUCAUUUUUUUUCCAUACCCACGCGGGUCAGCCUCCCGCAGGCACCAUUGCCCUCAGCUCCACCCAGCUUCCUGCCUUUCCGCCCCACUGGCCCUCCCCUCCUCGGCUGCUGUGAGGGGCCCGCGGUCUCCUUGGCCGAGGCUCAGCAGGAGCUGCAGAUGCUGCAGAAGCAGCUGGGAGAAAGUGUCAGCACCGUCCAUCCCACCUCCCCGGCUACACUGCUGAGCAGCCACUCAGAUGCCAGCUCUUCCCACUUCCUCCACCCUGCCCAGCCCCACUCUCCUCCGAGGGGUGCCCUAGAACUGGGCGGGAUCCUGGAGCCCAGGUACCUGGGCAGCAGCGGCCAGUGGGAUAUGAUGAGGCCUCAGAAAGGGAGCGUAUCUGGGGACCUGUCCUUGGGCUCCUCCCUGUGCCAGCUGAACUCCAAACCCACAGGGGCUGACCUGCUAGAGGAGCACCUUGGUGAGAUCCGGAACCUGCGCCAGCGCCUGGAGGAGUCCAUCUGCAUUAACGACCGCCUGCGGGAGCAGCUGGAACACCGGCUCAGCUCCACGGCCCGCGGGAGCGGAUCCACGUCUAACGGCUACAGUCAGGGUCUGGAGCCCACGGCUCAGCUGCACAGUGAGAACAGGGCCCUUCGGGAGGAGAACCGCAGCCUCCAGGCUCAGCUGAGUCACCUGUCGCGAGAGCACUCGCAGGAGGCGGAGUGCCUGCGGGAGGCGCUGCUGGCCUCGCGGUCCCGGCUGCAAGAGCUGGAAGUGGAGCUGGAGCACCAGAAGGGGGACCGGCAGCAGCUUCUGGAAGACUUGAAGGAGAAGCAGCAGGAGAUCUUGCAUUUCCAGGAGGAGCGGCUCUCCCUCCAGGAGAAGGACUCCAGGCUGCAGCACAAGUUGGCCCUCCUGCAGCAACAGUGCGCGGAGAAGCAGCAGCUCUUCCAGACCCUCCAGUCGGAGCUGCAGAUCUACGAGGCGCUUCACAGCAGUUCCAAGAAGGGGCCGCAAGCUCACACCUGGGAUGCCUGUCACCAGGUCCCUUUGAGCAGCGACCUGAGCCACCUGGUGGCAGAGAUCCGGGCCCUGAGAGGGCAGCUGGAGCUGAGCAUUCAGGUGAACAACAGCCUGCGGCUGCAGCUGGAGCAGCAGCUGGACCACGGUGCCAGCAGAGCCAGCCCUGGCCCCGCCGGCAGCCACAGCUCGCCUGCCAGCACGGGCCCUGGAGACAAGCAGCCGCCCCUCCCAGAUGCAGUUGCCUCUCCUCCCGUUCGGGACGUCGGCAUGAACCCAGCUCUGGUCUUCCCGGGCUCUUUCACGGCUCCUGGUCCGGACACCGCCCUCCUCAGUAGGACAAAUGAUCUGGGUUUUGAUGGAGUGAAGAGCCCUCCCAAGCUGGAGGGCGAUGCUGCUGACGGCUGCUUCGCCAGUAAGCACGGCCGCCAUGUGGUCGGCCACAUCGACGACUACAGCGCCCUGAGCCAGCAGAUCGGGGAGGGCAGGCUGCUGGCCAGCAAGAUCGCGUCAGCCGUGAGAUCCACCUGCGGCUGCCCUGGCCUCGAGGCUCGGGGCUCCAAGGUGCUGGGCAGCGAAGGCGUCAGUGAACUUCGCAGCAGCGCCAGUGCCCUGGGCCACGUGUUGGACGAGUCGGCCUCCCUCCUGACCAUGUUCUGGCGGGCGGCCUUGCCCAGCUCCCACAGCCCUGCGCUGCCUGGCAAAGCGGGAGAGUCCGCGACCAGGGAGCUUCUGGAGCUGAGAACCAAGCUCUCCAGGCAGGAGAGCCUCCUCCAGAGCACGGCCGAGCGCCUGAGGACCGCCAGCCGGCAGAAGGAGAGCCUGGAGCAGUUCAUCUUCAGCCAGCUGACCAGGACGCACGAUGUCUUGAAGAAGGCAAGGACUAAUCUGGAGAAGAACACUUCCAGGAUUGCCUCUGUAAAGCCUUAUUCCUGCCCCAGCAAAGGAGCCAUGCAAGAAGCGAAGCCACCAGAGGUCCUUAAAGCAGCAGGAAGGAUGGGCCUGCCCCCCUUUCGUGCAGCUGCCUCUCUGCUGAGGAAUCCCAGCCCUGCUCCUCCUCUCCUGCGGGGGUCAAGGAGUCAGAUGUGGCCAGUGGGGCGGGCGGAAGGCGGGGGCCUCCCCUGCUCUUACAGACACCAGCCCAGCCCCCUGCCCAGCACUAAGCUAAACAUGCUGAUCACGAAGCAAAACCCGCGUAGCUUGUAGAGGACCUGGGGCGCUGCUUGUGAAAGCCCUGGGGGCACGGGACCCGCAGCCGCACAUCGCCCCAGCAGCUAACCUCAGUCAACUCAGGGGAACCAGGACCCUGCUCCCCACGAUGGGCAUGUGGUCCCGACACGGAGCUGCUCGGCAGACCCAGAAGCACACAUGGAGCAGCGGUGCCCUGCUGGGCAGUGGGCUCAGCAGCAGCACUCAGAGCCAUGCCUGCCCGGGGCCAGCUCAGCUGGUCCCAGGCCACCAGGCAUCCACCCGAACAGCAGCAGUGCGUCCUUUCAAUCCUCACGGUGGAAGGGGCGACUCCCGGAUACCACCUCCCGCUUAGCCAGCACCCUCCUUUAUUCUCCCGUGAUCUCCAAAGUGUGCCGGCCUCACGCUGGUUAUGCGGUCCCACUAUCACCGCAUUUCCCUCCGGGGACUGGGAACACAUGGCCAGGCCAAGCCAUUGAAAGUCCGUGUAAAGCAAACCAGUGACCUUCGUAGGUGGCACGUGAGAGACGGUUGUGCUACAGCCUGCCUAGCCUGUCUCCGCGGUGCUUCAGAACGUGUGUAUGUGUGUAUAGCUGUAUGAUAUGUAUUUAUAUAUGUUGCUAUAGCGAUAGAUUGAAGGCUGACAUGACUGGUGGACAGGAUCUGUGGGAGGAAAUGAAACUCUUUUCCGGGGGGCUGUUAGAGCAAAACGUGCAUAAAGAAAUAAAAGGUUUUCUUCGCCCA